GCGCGCAGUGAUACACGAUGCUCGCAGGCCCGGCUGAAUGAGAUUGAAGAAGAGUUCUUGUUUUGUAUGGCAGUUUCUCUGCUUUUCACACAAUUUUGUACAAAAAAGCGAUCCAACUCGUCGGAUAAGGAAUGUAUUAUCACACGCUAUGAAGCCUGAAUCGUAUCGGAGGGUAUAAAGUGAGCCACGGGACAGGAUCCGGUGGUGAAUAUUUAUUUAUAUCAUUAGCGUGUGUGAGGAGGACGAGGGGCUGCUGACUGCCUGCUGCCUGCUGGAGCAGUGAGAGGACCGACCAGGAGUUAUCUUGAACCCAGCUGAAGAACGUCCACAAUCUCCGAGUUAAAUCUGCUGCUAGACUGUACUCUGGACUCCUCGCUUCAAAAUUCACACAAUACUCGUCUACAGUAUAGAGUCAAGCUCCCCCACACUGCCAGUUGGAUGGUGUUCAAGACAGCAGUCGCUGUGAAGGCUGAGGGAGGUGUGGAAUUUGGGCAGAAGGGCUUGAUGAUGGAGCUCCAGAGUCUACAGGAGGCUCUCAAAGUGGAGAUACAGAUUCAUCAGAAGCUAGUGGCACAGAUGAAGCAAGAUCCACAGAAUGCUGAGCUGAAGCUACAGCUGCAUGACCUUCAGGCCAAGAUCACAGUGCUGAGCGAGCGACAGAAAAAGGUGGUGGAGCAGUUGAGGAGAGACUUGCUGGUGAAGCAGGAUUCGGGGGAGAUCAGGCUGCAGACACACACACAGCUCCCUCUGCAGGCCGACGGCAAAACUACCACAUUGAUCUCCAACCAGAACCAGAGCUCUCUUCCUCCGACUCACCUCAACGCCCCACAAAACUCCGUGAGCGUGACUCCGGUCAUUGCCACUAAGACUCUACCUCUGAUGCUGAGAGCUGCCACACCCACCACUCCCAUUGCCAUGAUGCCUACGCCCACCAUCGCCAUGGUUACCACCCUCACCAAUACGCCCCGCCCCAGCCUUCCGAACUCAGACCCCCAGAAUUCACCAGUCGGUCUCCAAACGGCCAGCAAGCCAGCCAAUCAGGGAACGGAGCCUGUGCGGAUCGUUCCCAAAAACACCAUUGUUGUAAUGCCCAAAACAUCUGUGGCUCCAGCAGCACUGCAGCCAAUCCUGGCCUCAUCUCAGCAGCCUGUUCUCCUUACUGCCAAGCUCAGCUCUGCUCUGCUGCCCUCAACAGGCCCAGUGCACCAACUCCACAUUUUUAAUCCCCAACCUGGCACUGCCAGUGUCCCUCCUGGAAGCACUAAUGCCACCCAGUCGUGCCCUGGCAGUGCCCAGGCAGGCUUUAACAUAAUCCAGCCUUGCCCUGGCAUCACCAUGACGCUCAGCACCAACAUCAGUCAGUUCAGUACAAGCAGCACAAAGCACAGCACGCAGCUUCCCAGCAUUCUCAUCUCGCCCCAGCCCAGCAAACCCCACGCUGCAUCGUCUGCUCAAGCUAACACCGACUCUGCAAACGCAGGCAACCCUCACACAUCUCGGGGCAGCGAGUCCUGCCCCAAUACCCCUACUCCUGACACAGUGGACAGAGUGGAGCCAAAGACAUCAACCAGCAGCCCAGCACCUUGUCCAGUUCCACUGAAAUCACCUGUUCCUCCGUCUCCAACCUCCAACACACACAUCCACUCAAACUCUAACACACCUGCAACUGCACACACCCCCACACCCAAAAGUCAGGAUAACCCACUGAAACUGGCCUUCAUGCUGUCUCUGGGGCUUGUAACACACGACUAUCUGGAGGAGAUUCAGAGCAAACGUCAAGAGAGAAAGAGACGAACAACAGCAAAUCCGGUGUACAGUGGAGCAGUGUUUGAGCCAGAGCGUAAGAAAAGCACAGUGUCUUACCUGAAUUCUGCUAAUCAAGAGUACAGUAAGAGAGGUCGCCCACCCAAACCCAGCCGCGGGGUGGAGAGGGGCAUCAGCCCUUUGACCCCCACCAGCCUACACCCAGCGUGUGUGGGUCCUCAAUUCCCCGUCUUUCCACAAUCCCUCUCAUCACAUCCAUCCCCAUCCAGCCCUCGUCUCAGCCCGAGCUCAGUGGGGGAUGGAGACAUCCAUGAUGCUUUCUGUACGGUGUGUAGGCGCAGUGGGCAGUUACUCAUGUGUGACGCCUGCUCACGCGUCUAUCACCCGGACUGCCUGACGCCGACCCUACACAAUGUGCCUCAGGGCAUGUGGAUUUGCCCCUCGUGCAAAAAGCAGAUUUUGAAGAAGGAUGAAGUGAUCGAGUGGCCUGGAACUCUUGCUAUAGUCCAUUCCUACAUUUCAUACAAAGCAGAAAGAGAACAGGAGAAGCAAAGGUUGGAGAAGUGGAGCUCUGAACUGCAGCAGGAGAGAGAGGAGCUCGAGCUUAAAGCUAAACACCUCAGUGACUCCAUCACGAUAUGCACAGAGAGCAGAAAUGGAGUUCUGGCCCGACAGAAGGAAAUGGAGGCCUCGAUAGAGAAGGUGAAGGAUCUAGUGCGUCUUAUUAGGGGCAUCCAACUGCCCUCUCUGCCCCAGUUCUUGGCCAUGGGCAUUACCAACGGAAAUCCAGGCACUAUUUUCAUCCAACAACCCAACAGUGCUCCCAGCUCAGAGGAAAACCAACAUCCAAACCAAAAGAACAGCACAAGCUUCGGUAGUCUCUCUGACGUAGGCAACACCUUUACAGAUCUCAGAGAUACCUCAAACCUACUCAACACUCCCACAAACACCAACAGCAGUGUCUCAGUUGCUGAGAAAAGCGAGGACACCAGUGAAACGAAGAACAUUAGCCGACACGAUCCUGUUACAAACACCUCUCCAACUCUCAGCAAUACACACAGCCAGAACACCAUGUGUGCCAGCUCAAACGGGACUCUGGAGCCAGAGGAUGAACUCGAGGAAAGUGAAAACCAAAAUAUCACCAGUGAUAAAGGCUGCAUGGGAGACAUAAAUAAAAACAGCAUCAGGGACCUCAGAGGAAGUGCAGAGCCUCCGUUGCCUACAGUAAUGCCCAUGGCAGAGGUAGUACAAGGUAUAGAAUAGUAUCGACAUUAAAGUGUGCAUCCCGUUCUGCCCCAUUACACCCCAUACAACCCCCGAUCUAAAAAGUGUCCUAAGUUAAUGCCAUUUGAUGUUUCUGUUCCUGUGUUGUCUUGUCUGUAAGAAUCCACAGUGCCAUUUGGAAUGAGCAGGAUUAAAAGUUCUAAAGUACCAGCACCUGAAAAAUUUAACACAAAUAAUAAUAAUAAUAAUAAUAAUAAUAAUAAUAAUAAUAAUAACCAAUAAUAAUAUAAAGAAAUAAAUGAAGAGUUAUCAGAGUUUAAGAUAUCACACCGACGUGUGCCUGCUAUAGUAGCCAUUGCACCUCUUGUUUGGAAAGCGUCCGGAACAACUGAGCAAAGGCUUUUACCAUCUAUUAAACCAUUAGUUUUAGGACAUAUAAGUAGGCAUGUGCCGAUAAUAUACAAUAGUUACGCUAUAUAAAGAGAGAGUCUUUUUAUUGUAGCCAAUAUUUUUUUUGCUUAUAGUAACUCAACACAAAAACUAACCUUACGUAUAAUUCUAGUUUUCUUUUAGCAUCUUCAUUAAUUUAUUCAUUCAUUUUCAGUAUGACUUUAUCCUGGUCAGAGUCCCAGUUUAUCUGGAGCAGGCAGGAACACUGGGCUUGAGGCGGGAAGACACCCUGCGUGGGAUGUCAGUCCAUCACGGGGCUUUCUUUUUUUUUUUUUUGCAACUGGAUUGUAAAAUAAAUGCACAAGAACAUAGAAGUCGUGAAUAUGAGGUUGCCAAAUCCUCUCGCUGCUGUUUGCAGUUAAACUGAGAUAAGGAUGUAGUAUGUAUUCAUGUGAUCUUGUGAUUACAUCAUGAACCAAGUUCAAGUCGCAGUAACGUCACAGUGUGAAAUCUGUAUAUCGGUACAUGUCUACUUCUGGUCCUAAUGGUGUUAAAAGGCGUAAUAAGGCUGUUAGAGUGAAAGAAUCAGUCCAGUACAGGUGUAGGGCUUUUCUCUCUUCUGGGCUCCAAAGCAGAACUGCUAAGUGAACGACAUGAAUACUAAUUUACAAGCAGGUCUUCCAGGUGUUCAACAAGCUACACACCUAUUAGAUGUAUUUGUUCUAUUUAUAACGUCCACGUGCAGCAAUUCUGUAAGUAUAUUUUUAACUUCUUGUCUUUUCAAAUCAAUUACUCAGCUCUGUUUUGCCAAAUAUUGUUUGCCACAGGGACAUGUAUUUUUACUUUAUGGCGAUUAAAUAGAUGUUUGAAUAAUAGCGUUGUAUUUGCGUAGCAUCAGUAUUGAGGACUCUUAAUAAAAAGUCAGACAGCCUUUACUAGUGAUCACAAUGCCGUGUGUUUGAGUGUUAAGGCGGUUAGUGAGUUUGGUGUCGGAUCUCGAACACAACCUUUACCACAGAGGAGUACAAGCGUAACGUUCUACGUUCUGAACACGACACUCUAACGAAUCAAUCAGUUAGUUAAUAGAACGAGUCUGAACCCCUAUUUUACAGUGAGCUCGUGGUUAUUUUCCCUCUGUAGCGUGCCACAGGGCCGGCAGCAUGCGGACACUGAGUCACGGUUUGUUAGUGAAGGGUUGCGCAGCACUCUGAUGUGUCCCUUCUGGGUUUAUUUGGCCCUGUGGUACUUUACUGUUGGUUUAUGCACAUUUUAUCAAGGGAAAUGUUUUAUUUGUGAAAUGAUGCUUAUGUAGCAUUAUACAAGGGCUUUCUAUUUUGUAUUGUUUUAUUAGCUGAAGUGUUAGCCUUCCACAUGGCAGCACUGUUAACACGACUCGGAACAAAAGCACAGGAGCGCCAGGUUUAGCUAAGAACCCAACAGCACAGGAAGGUAAACGAACCCAACACCGAAGCUCGGCUCAUCUGCCGUCGUAUCCUGUUCAAGAGCGAGCGAUCAAAGACAUGCUGCAUUUGUACCAUAUCUCUGAAAGUCUACAGAUGCGAGUGUCAGACCAUUACAAAUACAAGACUUGCGUGUUUUAUACAAGGCUACGGCGACUUUUAUGAAACUUUAUGUCGAUAACGAAGCACAACAGAUCUCGCAGAGAUGCAAAUUACAAAUAUUAAUGUGAUGCAGGUCUGUGUAAAUAUAAAUAAUAGUACUGGUUGUGUCCUCGUAUCAGCUUUGUGUGUGUGAGUGUGUGUGUUUCACUACUCAGGCAAUCAGCCUGUCUGGCCUGCAGUAGAGUUUUAAAGCGGUUGCCUUAACAUGCUCUGGUUUCUUGGUUAUUCGAUGUCCCAGUUGGAGGAACGUGCGUGUCAGUGUGAUUUGGCAAAAUGGCGUGUUUUCCUGUCCAGGAGUCAUUACUGCUUUUUUGUUGCACUAUCAUCAGAUUUUAGUUGUGUAUAUUAUGCUUAUUUUUCGGCCAGUGCCUGAUUUGAGUUUUGUUUACAAGACCUGUUGUUUUAAUUAUGAUGAUUUUGCACUUUCAGUUCAUACAAAUUCAUCUGUUUUUUUUUUUGUUUUUUUUUUUUCUCUCUCUCUUAUUUCUGGAGCACUUUUGCGUCCGUUUCACGGUUUAGUCGGAUCGAUUCAAAGCAGCUAAGCUUCAUUUCAGACCUGCUACUUGAUAUUGUUUAGCAGUGAGCCACUUGAUCUUAAUUUUCUAAAGCCCUGUGGGAGACAGAACAUUUUCUAGAUGAAUAAAUGUUUGUUUGCUGUUUAUACAGACGUAUGUGUAUCUGCCACAAUUUGACUGGGACCUAAUGGACAAAAAAAACUGGUGGGCAGCUUGAAGCCCAGUAAAAAUUAAAGGGGAAAUCGGGGGAAAUACAAAUACAAAACUCUUAUUGAAUCUCACUCCAGCUGUUUGAUCUCAGUUGUGAACUUCGAUGUUCUUUAUAAUACAGAGAAUUGUUAUUUUAUUUAAUUAUUAUUAUUAUUAUUACUUUUUAUUUUUUUUGCUAUGAUGAUGAAAUGUCUGAUAUAAUAAAAGUGUGUUUAAGGGGAUGUUAAGGGAUUGCCCAUUAAAUUGAAUAUUUGCAAAUGCCAUCUUCAGCCCUUGUCGGGUCUGUAAUGUCAGGGUUCGAUGAUAAGACUGACCAUUUGUGUUUGGAUGUUUAAAGCCGUAGUGUCCGAAAAGUGUGGAAAGUCUCUGCAUAUACAUAACGUACACUAGAGAAUAAGUGUUUGUGUCAUUUUAUUGGUCCUUAAAGUGGUUUAAAAAAAAAGAUUAUUUUUUUUUUCUUGAAACAUGAAACUACUGGAAAGUCCAACACAGAGGCAGUGCGUUACAGUCGACCGGGCAGAGUGUUGAGGUCUCGCCGUUCACGUUUUCACUCAACACACACUUGCACGCCUUCCUUUUACCAUUACCUCAUUAAAGGGCCUCUCACCUGUACGCAUUCAGGAAGGCAAUCAGAUAAGGAGUAUUGCACAAACACAACAAAUUCACAGUGGUACAACCCUCGUGCCAAACUAAUUCUGAAGUGUUCAGUAUGCGAUUUACAUAGUUCUCUUGGAAAGAAGUGUUGAAUAUUUUUUCAUAAUGGUUUUAAAGUAUGAUGUGAUGAAUUACUUUUUUACAGUUUGUAUGUUAUCUGGUCUUUGUUGGUCUUUGUUGUUUGGUGCUGCCUGAUGUUGGUCUGUUCGUUUCAUUCAUAGACUUCAUCGUUUUCUUCGUGUAAGUUAUUUAAUGCACAUUUACACAUCUUUCUUCAUGUUGAAGGGGAUGGGCAUUUUAGGAGCAUUUGAUCAAUUUGUAUUUAUUAAUUUUUACCAUUUUUGCUAAUUAAAACCAUAAAGUCAA